AGGGCCCUCGAUUUUUCUUGCUGCUACUAUCACGAUCCAACUCAUCCCAACCCACCGUUGAGCAACCACAGCCAAGAUGAGCGCCAUCAACAAGAUCGCCGCCAACAGCCCCUCGAGGCAGAACCCCUCCGAGCUUGAGCAGAACAUUGCUCAGGCUCUGUUCGAUCUCGAGAGCAACACUGCCGACCUCAAGGUUGCCCUGCGACCUCUGCAGAUCGUCUCUGCCCGUGAGAUCGAAGUUGGCCACGGCAAGAAGGCUAUUGUCAUCUUUGUCCCCGUCCCUUCCCUGCAGGGCUUCCACCGUGUUCAGCAGCGCCUGACCCGUGAGCUGGAGAAGAAGUUCUCCGACCGCCACGUCCUCAUCCUGGCUUCUCGCCGCAUCCUCCCCCGCCCCAAGCGCUCUGCCCGCUCCCGCAACACCCAGAAGCAGAAGCGUCCCCGCUCCCGCACCCUGACCGCCGUCCACGACGCCAUCCUGGCUGAUCUCACCUACCCCGUCGAGAUCGUCGGCAAGCGCAUCCGCACCAAGGAGGACGGCAGCAAGCUCCUCAAGGUCAUCCUCGACGAGAAGGAGCGUGGUGGCGUUGACUACAGACUCGACACCUACUCUGAGGUUUACCGAAGACUCACUGGCCGCAACGUCAACUUCGAGUUCCCCCAGACUACCAGCUCUGAGUUCUAAAUUAGUCUAGAGGAGAAAAAAGAAAUUUAAUCGGCAUUUCUAAACUUGUCAAUGGGAAGCCCUUGGGAAAUACAAGGCAAUUAAAAUGCGUUGCUCUAUUUAUAAAGCAUCGGUGGGUUGGUCAACAUUUGGGCAUGGCGUCUGAUAUCAAGGUAGCUUUUGUUUUUUUCAAAUGAUAUAAAAGCUGCUGGCAUGAUUUGAUCAAUUCACUUAUCGCUUCCUCUACCCUAAAUCUUCGUGCUCUAUCUUUGUCUUUGUCUAUCUCUUGGGUUGUCUAUCGCUGUAAAAAAGUAGUCGUCCAUUAAUCGUGACUGAUGCGCCCCACCCCAAGUACGCACCAGUAUGCCAGUUCUCGCUUCUCCCUCGUCUCCUUAUUGUCCUUGCUAGCCGGCCCGUCCAUGUCAGCUUGCGUAUCAGCCUCCCAUUCCAUGCGAACAAACAUGGAGAUCUCAAGAAUAUCUUCGCCACUCUUGAGUGGGCUGGUAUCAAUCUUCUCGUUGCCCUUCUUAGGUAGGUGGUCGAUGCGCAGAGAAGCCGGGAUAACUUCCAGCACGAUGCUCACCCAAUUUCGUCCCUUUUCCCAAAUCUUGCCCACUUCAGGGCCUUCGUCCGCCUUGCGACUCCUAUCCUUUUCGUCGUCUUUCAACGCAUCAUCCCACAUGUCGGUGUUGGCGUCCACCUCAAAUUGAGGGCACAGCACCGUGACUCUGCUGGAGAAACGGCCUGGGGUUGCAUUUGGCGAGGCCAGCGUGACUUUGAUGUUGUCAAAGAGGGGAUUCUUAAAAGUAACGACAAAGUGGUACGGCUGAUGCGGCUUCAACGGCGCUUCUUCCUGGACCAUGGGCCGAUAUGUGACGGGCGCAGGCGUAGCGGUUGGGUUUAGCGGCCGGAUCGUGAUUGUGGGUAUGUACGAUUUGGCAACCAGACGAAUCUUGAAUCGCGUAGACGUGACCUUUGCCUCUGGCUUUGAUAUGAUGUGGCGACAUGCCGGACAACGUUUCGACCGCUUGCUGCGGAGCAGAUAUGCAAUCGGCCGGAGUUCGUCUUCGAACCGGAUAGGCUCCGUCUGCUCUUUACGCUGUUCCAGUGAAGCUGUAGCGUCCCAUCCUCCGCUGAUGAGCUUCUUGAUCUCUUUUGACUCAUCCAGAUUGGCGAUUUUCAAGCCGUCGUUGGUGCCCAGGGCCUCGCGCAUGAUAUCUGCAGGACCUUGCUGCAAGCGACCCUGGUGGCCCCGACCGGUGUACAAGGACAUGAUGCGAGUCAGAGCAGCCGGAGACGAAAACCCAAGCCCAUCGUGUAGUGGCAGCCCGCGUAUUGAGGUGUUUGUUUCCGAGAGCCGGCCUUGGUAAAACGCCUUGAGGUUGGCAAACUGCAAGUCCGCAUCGACCUGGUCGUCAGGCACGGGUGGCUCGUCUGGG